GUUUGCCAGUCAUGACUCUGCAUGCCCUGUUCCUAAGCUGAUAAAGUAUCUAUGCACUUUAAUGUCAAGUCUAUGCCACUCUGCUAAUUCAGUGUGAGCUGUGCCUUGAACCUUGGAUAUAAAGACCUACAAACCAAAGUCUUGUUCCUGCCUUAGUAAUGUUCCAGCGGUUAAAUAACAUGUUUGUGGGAGAGAUUGAUAGCCUGUCCAGCCAGGAGCCAGAGUUCAGUGAGAAAGAAGAUGAUGAAUGGAUUCUGGUUGAUUUUAUAGCAGACACUUGCACUAAUUGCUCCACAGAGGAAGCAGACAUCACCAAAACAUCAACUGCAGACAGCUCGCCGGUCUUCUCUUGUUUACCAGCCCCCUUGGAACACUUGCCGGAGGCUAAUGAGUCCUGUUUCAUCCAGUUUGAUUCAUGUCCAAUGGAGGAGAGCUGGUUUAUUACCCCUCCCCCAUGUUUUACUGCAGGUGGAUUAACCACUAUAAAAGUGGAAACGAGUCCUAUGGAGAACCUCCUGAUAGAGCACCCCAGCAUGUCAGUGUAUGCUGUCCAUAACACCUGUCACAGCCUUAAUGAGACUAGCUGUGGAAAUGAGGAGUUUCACAGUCCAAGUAGUCCCAGAAUGGAGGCCCGAAGUGAAAUGGGACAGCACAUUCACUGCUAUGUUGCAGCUCUUGCUACUCAUUCAAGUUUUCUGGAAAAAAACAAGAGCUUUCCUCCUACCCGCUGGAUAAAAGAGCAUAAUGAAAGACACUGUCUCAAUAGAAACAGUCUCCGUCGCCAAAAUCUUACCAGGGAUUGCCGCUCUCGGCAGAUCAAGCACAAUGGACUGUUUGUUCACCAGCCUUGCCAGCGUCAGUUCAAUUACUGAUGGCUCUCACGGUCUUAAUCUAUGUUUUAAUGUUUUUAGGUUGUUCUUUUUUCAUGCAUAGAUAAUAAGUGUGGUCAAUCUGAAGCUGAUCAUCAGUUCCUCAAACACAAUCAUAACUAGCAUUACACUUGUUUGAAACAACACAUGCAUCUCCAGACACCUUGCUGUAAGUCCUAAAUGGUGAUGUUAAAUAUCAAUGUCUUGGAAGCCUAUCAGUACAAUAGCUUGUGUGAUGUUUUUAUAAACUAUAGAUGGGUUUUUAGUUGGUAUUUUAAGAAACUUUUAACAGUUGGAAAAAAUCAGUUACAUUUUGCAUUAAUCAAAAUGAAGUUAGAAAAUUUGAGGUUAGCCAUAUGCUUUAAUGACCAGUACUUGACAGCUUGUAUAUUUGUAUUCAGCAUAUAUGAUUGCACUCUAACAAGAAAAUCCUAUAGCUGCCAAUGGAUAUUAUAUAGCUAUGCUGAACUGUUACAAGAAGGACAUCUAAUCUAUAUUGCCUAGUACCUACUUGUUUUGAGAGUGGAGUUGGCAGGUGUGUUGGAUAUUUUAUAUGGGUAUCAGAAAAGGGUUAAAGGUCCCCCAAUAUUUCUGCAAUACAACAUGAUACUGGUGUUACAGAUGUAGUACCUCACAGUGGAGUGAAAGGAAAAGUAGACCUAUGGGUUAAGUGUAGAUAUUUAAUCCAGAGCCAAACUGUAUUUCAUCUAGUACAGUUUGAGUUUUUUUUCCCUGUAAUACCUCUCUAUUUUUUCCCCUCUCUCCUGUCUUUGAAAAAAAGAUUUAAACAAAACAAAAGCUAACCUGUUCCAUUUAAUCUCUAGUCCUGUUAAGGGAAAAAAGGGAUAGAUCAGCUGUUCUUUUAAUCCCAUCGGUAUCUGACUAUUCUUUAAAGAAAUUAAGAUUGUGGAUGGCUACUUCUGAGCUGCUAAUUGCCAUUAGGUUGUCUUAUUUACAUGUUGAGAGGUGCUCAAAAUUCACUAGAAGAAAGAUUUUUAUCAGAAGUUCUCCUAAUUCUGGCUCAGCUGAAAUAAUGAAGUCUGAGUUAACAGUUACUGGAAAUAAAAGGCAGUCUGUGGCAGGGAAAAGCAUGCUGAAAAAACAGCAUUAGAGGACUAAAUGCAAUGAUCGCAGGAUGUAUAAAAACCUCAGGAAUAUCAGCAGUGGUUGUUUUCCUACUCAAUCUCAGGCAUUUGGGGGCAGCGCAGAGGAACUGGAUAUAAGUUCUAUAGGCUGAUAGGGAAGAAGAGCCAUCCAAAACUAUCAAAUAUUUUUUCCUAACACUGUGCAAGAUCUUUGCUUGAAGUAGGCAGGUGCUCAAAAGUUAAAAUUUUAUGGUUAACAAAGAGUGCCUGUAUUACAAAGCAGCCAGAUGAUAUACUGAACUCUGAUAGAUCAGUCUGGGAACUAGAUCAAAUGGCUACAGAGGGGAGGAAGCAGAAAGAUAGUCACAGAAGAAAGGGAGAGAAUGUUUGCUCCACUUCCCUUUCUAUCAGUGCUUAACAUAUGACUUACUGUUUUCCUGCGUUUAGUUCCUAGAGUGUUAAAGUAUUAACGUUACAUUUUACCAUGUCUUCCUGUAGUUCUUAAACAGAAGCUGGUAUAAGGAGUCAGGUGGGAAUUCUUUGAAAUUUAGGUAAGAUCACUAAUGUGAAUUAUUCUAAACCUAUGUUUCUCAAAAUUUGGCCAAAUGUUUUAAUUUCACUGAAGCAAAAGCUCAGCAAUUUGAAUGUAGUUCGUAUAGUUAGCUUUGCACAUACUGCACCUGGAAUCAUUGUGGUGCAUACUUAGUACACAGAAAACAGCACUUACAACCUUUGUUUCACUGCAGAUGUGCUGCCUUCCUGGGUUUAGAUAGGGUUGUUGCAAAUGGAACUUGACAAAUAGUCAACUGUGUAAGACCAAGUGGUGCUUUCUUGGCUACAACAGACUUUUUUUUUUUUUUUUUUAAGACCUGUUGAAUGCAGAUUCAUAUAUGGACAAUGAGAGAAAACAAAACUCAUUAUAUUGACUUACCAAAAUAGGGGUUUUGAAAUAGUCUUUUCAGCAGUGCAUACCUAUGUUCAUAAAGCACUAUUUCUGUGGUUCAAAUACUCUGGCUUAUUUGUCUGCAAAUAGGCAUAGUUUCACCAAUCCCUCAUCCAUUCACUGACAUGAAUACUUUUACUUGCCUCAGAUUAUCUACCUUUAUCACUCCGACUUUUUGUCCAGUUUGUUUCCUUCUCCUCACUGCCAACUUUCUAGCUCAGGAAAAUUCCUUACUUUCCUGUUUUGUUUUUCCUUAUAUAAAAGCAACUACUUUCCUUCAGCUUUAAUUUGCUUAAAGUUAAAUGAAGGAAGAUGGAAUCUCCACCUCCAUAUGUUGUAAGGAAUAAGUAAUCCUUCUAAUGGAGAGAUGGAGUUGAGAGUAUAAGACUCACAGGUGUUAGAAUGAGAGUCUUGGUCUGUGUGUGUGGUUUUUGGUUUUUUUUCCUAAAAUAGGCAAGUAAAUGCAACUUUAGACUGCUCCUAAAAUUGGGAGAUACUGGUCUUUUUAUACUAUAUUACUAGAUAUCUUUCUGGUGAUGAAAGCCUAUAUCUUUCAGGAUAUAAACGGUCUUGUUGCACAAAGCUGUGCUUCUCAAUUUGUAAUAUUGGAAACUGUAUUAAUGUGUGAGAGUACUGCACCAAUGGCUUUUUGUUAAUUUGUUUUACAUAUUUAUGUUGGUCUAGCCCCAUUUUGUGCCUGGAGCUGUUGGGCGAUUAGAUUUGUUUUGGUUUUCUGUUUUAAUAGUGAGCUGUGUGGCUUUUUAUAUGGUUUUGAAUUGUAUUAAGAUGUUUGUUUUCUUUUUUCUCUUGUAAAAGUGGAGGCCUUGCACUGUCUCAGAUGAUUGAUACUCAUGAAUCUUGCUGAAACCAUAUUUUGAUAUGUAUUGGUCAAUAGACAGGUUUGCAUUUUAAACAAAACUGUGCCUUCUGGGUAUAACUUUAUAGAGCAAACUUGAAGAUUCAAAAGGGACAUUUCAGUUAGGAUUAAUAUUGGUUAAUAUUCAGACUAUGCAUAUAUGGCAGCUUCUUUCCAGAGCCACUUCUCUAUUUGUACAGUCCUUUUGAUACAGAAGAAUGUCUGGCUCUUAAUUCUAAUAGUUUAAUACAAGCUGAGAAAUGACGAAAUACAGCACUUGGCCAAAAAGUAGCAUUGCUUAACCUGUAUGUAUUUACUGAAGUGAUCUUCUGUAUUUUGUUCUCGUGGUGCGUCAUGCACACCACGGGGAAUUACUGUCUUAACUCUAAAUAAAAAUGGCCUAUUAAAAAAUGAA